ACGCUAUUGCCAUUCGUGGGGUGAUGUGAUAUUCGCUAGUGUCUUUUAGUGUGGUGUUGUCGGUAGCUGUCCAAAAAUGCUUUAUUUGAAGGAAUGUCUUCUGUUACUACUUGUGGUAAGCGGGCUGGCUUCAUCAGCGUCACCAUGCUGUCCCAACAACGACAUCAUCCGACCUAGAGGAUACUGCCGCGAUAACUCCACGGAUAGGAUCAACCUGAACUGCGAGAAUAGUUACAUGCUCCUCAAGGACAUCAUCCUUGACGGGAACAAGGUGUCAACUCAGGACUCGCCUGAAGUCGUCAUCGUGGAGGAUCCUGCUUUAUUUUGCACCGGCCGAAUGUAUAUUAACGCAAGCGAGCCAAGCCAGGGACUCAUCCCAGUCGCAGUGGCGUGCUUUGAAAAAUGGCAAACAAAAAAUUACAAAUUCGUAACAAGUGGUAUUCUGGCGCUUGUCUCUGUGGUCUUCCUUCUCUUCACGCUCGCUAUUUACAUGUAUUUGCCGCAGAUGAGGGACCUACAGGGGGUAUGUUACAUGUCCAUGUGUGGCAGCAUGGUGUUAGGGUUCCUAUCUCUUGGCAUUCUACAUCUCAGCCCCGGAUUCAAAGGUCAAAUAUGUGCAAUCACAGGUUUUCUAGUCUACUUCUGGAUGAUCUCUAUAUUCUCGUGGAUGAACGUGAUAAGCAUUAACGUAUAUAGAACUGUAGAGGAUGCUAGUUACUUGAAGAAAACCGAAAGGAAACAGCACCUCAUAUACAAUUGCUACGCUUGGGGCUUCGCCAUUUUCUUCUUGUUCGUGUCUCUUAUAACCGAUCUGGUGGAAGGAGAGCACUAUAAGCCAGGAAUAGGAGACAACAGUUGCUGGUUUAAAGGUCGUACCGAAAGAUGGAUAUUUUUCUACGCACCAAUUGCCGUUCUGAUCACUGCAAACAUAAUACUCUUUGUCUUGUCGUCCUUAAAAUUGUGGAGAAGUACCAGAAAGUACGAAGUGAACAAGUUAAAUAACCUCAAGCAUAAGUUCCUGACUUCUCUGAAAUUAUUCCUGGUGAUGGGCAUUUCCUGGGUAUUCGAAAUAGCUAGCUUCGCUCAUGGCGAAUCCCACGUAAUAUGGCGAAUAAUGGACAUUUUCAACGGUCUCCAAGGGGUUGUUAUCUUUUUAAUUCUGGUCGUAUUCCGGAGGCGCGCCAUACGUGGUCUUGCCAAUGAGAACUGCUGUCUGUUCUUCACUCGCCCAUGGGCUGAGAAACUGAGUCCAGAUGAUGAUGCAGACGACGAGGAGAUUCUGGCUGAUGAUACGGUAGCGGUAAGACUUAAUUGAUAGAAAAGAAACAAAAUUGCCAAAAUA